GUACCGUAGUGCAGCCCUAAAAUAAAAUAAAAGGGGAAAAAUCUGCUGGAAAUUGGCAUCGGAUCCGAGACUGAGACAUACAAGAGAAGAGAACACCGACUUGACCAACACACGAUCGAUUCGGAGCAUCCGCUGAUUGAGGUUGUGUUCCCUACGCACCUCCUCGCCGGUUUUUACACACUAAAGGGCCUCAUGUCAAACGUAGAGGAUAACAAAGAACAACAACAAAUGGAUGUCAAUGCAUCUAAUGAGUCGAGUAACAUGCCGUCAUCCCAGAAGCAGGAGGAAGCUAUAAAGAAAAAAUAUGGAGGAAUGAUGCCCAAAAAGCCACCUCUCAUAUCUAAGGACCAUGAGCGCGCUUACUUUGAUUCCGCCGAUUGGGCACUUGGAAAGCAAGGUGGCGAGAAGCCUAAGGGACCACUUGAAGAACUUAGACCUAAACUACAGCCAACACAACAACAAACACGCUACCGGAAAUCUCCCUAUGCUCCUGAAGGAGAAGAAGGGGGAAGCGUUCCACCAGAGGAUUCUCCAUCUGUAGAAGGGGGAAGCGUUCCUCCAGAGGAUUCUCCAUCCAACGAGUAAAAGCAGCAAAUCAGUCUUUUCAUGAUGUGCUGACAAUCAUUGUUCUGAUACCUGUGUAGGUAUGACCUUUCGUUGUUUUUCAACAAUAAAGGAAAGUUGAAUUUGUGUAUUCAUAUAUUAGCAAAAGACCAAUGAUUUGAACUUGCAGCUAUAUGCUGUAAAAGACUUACUGGGAUUAUGAUU